AUGGCUACCAAUUCAAUCUAUCCUACAUUUUGUCUCCCUGACGAUCCGGCCAGUAUCUCUAUUUACCAGAGCGAUGUUGACACAUCGGAUAAACUCAUUGCUACUAUUUUUAAAGACAACGGCUUGUUCCAAGAACAUAUUUCAACCACGCUACUUCCAAGAUUGCGCAUCAUCUCCAUAAACUCCACGUCAUCGAUCAAGCCACUCCAAAUCUCAGAGGAUGCUCUUCAGAAGCUCAAGAACACCUAUAAUAUUGGCGAUGAAUUAUUGGACUUGAUUUCGACAUUCGGAGAUAAACCCAUGAGUGCAGCUGUAGGUGAAGGGGCAAUGAAAGUCCAAAGUGGUGAGAAUGGCAUUCAAGAUAUCUCUUACAGACUCACGUUCCCAACGCCAGUGGGAGCCCACGAUUGGACUAUGCGUCAAAUAGGUGUUUUCCACCGCCAUGAUCCUAAUGAUCUUCAAAAUCUCUGGAUCUUCUUUCAUGUCGGCCCUAAUACACCUAUGCAGAAAGAAAUUGAGCAAUAUGCCUCACUGUCCCAACAGGGGCUACGCUCAGAUCAUGCGUGGCUCACACUUCACUCUUCUGUUUUCUCUUCUUGUCUGCAUAAUUGGCGGUCCUAUGUUAAAUGUCUAGGCCAUGAUGUGGACAGACACACUGAUCGAUCCCUGGACUUUAUCUUAAGAAACAUCGAUCAUUUUUUAACUGCCGGAGGUGACAGCAACUUGACAGCGAUUCACAACACACGCGACCUUCUCCUACCCACAUCAUACAGAUUAAGAGUGAUAUUGGACACCCUUAUAAGACUCGGUCAUCUGAGCAGUGUUUUGGCCUCACAGCAUGACGGCGCAGAUAAUGGCUUUCAAAAACUUGCCACGUGCAUGGCAUACCACAAGGAUCGUCUGGAGGGGCUUGUUGUUGGCGUAGACGUAUUGAAGGAAAAGAUCAAAGAUAUUUUGAACAUGACUACACUAGGAUUGGAUUUCAGAAUGAGUAGCCAGAUGCUUGACCUCAACAAUCGGAUGGUUGAAUUAAACAACCGCAUGCUCAAUGCCAAUGAACAGCUGCUCCAAAUUGGAACCAAAAAUUUCGACGACAAUGCAACGGUCAAGGUAGUCACCAUCUUGACGCUUAUAUACUUGCCUGCAAGCCUUGUGUCGACUUUUUUCGGGAUGAAUUUGUUCAAGUUUGACAACGGGACAACUGAAGAACUCAAAAUAUCUAGGCAAUUUUGGAUCUUUGUUGUUGCUACAAUCAUCUUGGCAAUCAUUACAAUCAGCACAUGGUAUCUAUGGACCCACAAAGAGCAGGUUAGAAGGCGGAAGUUCCGUCUGCUGAAGCGCUGGCCAGCGCAGGAUGCCGAGAAGAUGCAAAGUCAGACUUGA